GGCAGGGCCCGGGGCAGUCCGGCUUCGGGUGCCCGGGGGAGCGGGAGGUCUCCUCCCCCGGCCCCGUGGGGCUCCAGCUAGGGGGUGGCCAGGGACAUGGUGGUCCUCCGGGCUGGGCUCUGCCCUGGUCUCACCGAAGAGAUGAUCCAGCUUCUCAGGGCGAGGAGCAUCAGGACGGUGGUGGACUUUGUGUCAUCAGACCUGGAGGACGUCGCCCAGAAGUGUUCCCUCUCUUACAAGGCGCUUGUUGCAGUCAGACGUGUGCUCCUGGCCCAGUUCUCUGCCUUCCCUGCCAAUGGAGCAGACCUCUAUGAGGAGCUCAAGAGCUCCACAGCCAUCCUGCCCACUGGGAGCCCAAGCCUGGACCAGCUGCUGGACUCCGGGCUGUACACGGGGGAAGUGACAGAGCUCAUGGGAGCACCGGGCAGCGGGAAGACGCAGGUGUGCCUGGGCAUUGCGGCCAGUGUGUCUCUGGGCCUCAAGCAGCACGUCCUGUUUCUCGACUCCACGGGGGGGUUCACUGCCUCCCGUGUCUACCAGAUGCUUCGAGCCCAGACAGAGGACGAGGAAGAACAGCUGGAGGCUCUGCAACGGAUCCAGGUGGUUCGUGUGUUUGACAUCUAUGAAAUGCUGAGCGCCUUGCAGGAGCUGCGGGAUCGCCUCUCCCAGCAGGUUGUGAACUCCAUGGGACCUCUCAAGAUCGUGGUGAUUGACUCUGUCUCAGCUGUGAUUUACCCGCUGCUGGGCGGCAAGCAGUCGGAGGGUUUGGCCAUCAUGAUGCAGCUAGCCAGGGAGCUGAAGACACUGGCCAGGGAGCUCAGCCUUGCUGUUGUGGUGACUAACCAGGUGACAAGGGACAGCAGCACCGGUCCACUGAAGCCAGCCCUCGGCCGCUCUUGGAGUUUCGUGCCCAGCACCCGGGUGCUGCUGGAGAGCAAAGAAACCACCCUGGGGAAAGGCACCACGCAGCGCGUCGCUUCCUUGGCCAAGUCACCCCGGCAGCCAACAGGAAUACAGGUGGAGCUGGAUACUGGAAAUGGUGAUGUGCAGGAGCUGAGCCCAGUGACACCCACACACGGGCCCUGAUGCAGGUGGAAAAGCAAAUGUUGAGGUCCAAGAGAUCUGCAAAAAAAGCAGGCAAGUGCACUGAAGGUUUUACAGGCUGCCUCUGAGUCCUACAGCCCCAGGAAGAACCAACAUGAAGAAGCUCUUGUUCUUCUGUGCUGGGAAGAAAAUGAGCAUGGGGUUCCCCGGGAAUGUCCUUGCCUCAGCAGAUGCUGCCUGCAGUGGCUGGGCUGUGUGGGCAGUGUGACAAUCAGGUCCUCUGCUCUGCUGCCGGCUUGUCUUCAACCAGCAGAGCCAGCUCUGGCCUAAGAUGUUGGCUUGGGACCAGCUGGCACGUCCCUGCACAAACCCAUGACUCCUCCUGGUGAUUUUGUUUCCCCCAUAACUUGCUGCCCUCCGGCCCCAGAGCUCUGAUGGUCCUCGGGCAGCCCACAAGUGUCUUGGUUCAGAAAUUAAAAAAAAAAAAAAUGUUGCACACUGCUGUUGAGAGCUGGAAUUCAAUUAAUGGCAACUGCUGUUAACUUAAUUAAAAUUGU